CAACUCUGUCGGUUUGACGUCUCCAACAACUCUGGCCUCAGCGAACGUGCCCUUAUCGCCUUGGCCAGUAGUCUAGCUCGACGGAGUCGGACGAACACCGUUAGCGGACAGAUCACCAUUGGAUGCGCCCGGUAUUUUUCUUGCCGCGAUUGCGGUCUCAAUGCCUCUGGUAUAAACAAUAUUGCUGAGGCACUUGCAUCCUUGGGGCCCGUUAUUUCUUCUAACAUGAUGACGACCGGCUCCGCAGCAACCAUUCCCAAUAGUAGCAGUACCAGCAUCCAAGGGACACAAUCAAAUCUUCCCCUGAUGCAUCUCGAUCUAUCAGGCAACUAUCUUCGUGGUGACCCCCUUUUGGUAACUUAG